UUUUUAAGGAUUAAUCUAUAAGAAUUAAUAAAUAAAUAACGACAAUAACUUUCUAAAUUUAUUCAACAAUUUAUUAUUAAUAAUGGAGUGCAUGGAGAAAAGUCAUCAAAUGAAUGCAAUAAAAUCUAAGUGCAAUAAUAAAAUUGACAUUAACGAAGAGGACAAGUCACUUGAAAUAAAUUUGGAUAUACUACAUAGUACAAAAAUGGAUACCACACCUUAUCAAGAUGAUGCAGAAAAGAAAAUUGUACUCCUUAAGCAUUUACUUGAAAAAGAUCCAAAAGCUGCAGAUUUAAAGUGGUCACUUUUUGUAGCAGCAUGUAAUACAUAUCGUUGUGAUACUUGUUUACGACCAUUUCCACCUAUGUAUGUAAAAAAUGAAUGCAAGGAUAUCGAAGCUUUGAGAAAGACCGUAGAACUGAUACCUCCAUUGGCAGUAAUAUUUAGAGAACUUCAUGAGCCAAAUGUAUAUGCUAAUUAUGGACCAGCAAUAGACUUGUUACAUUGGGUGUUAAUAAGAUUAAGAGAUCCUUAUAUUAAAAGUAUAAGUAAGGAAAAUUAUGAUUCUGUAUUAAAGAAAAUACCUUCAGAAAUGCAAGUUGCUCCACCUAAUUUAAUAUUUCAAGUAGCAAGUGCGAAGCAAUCGACUGCAGAGGAAAAGUGGAAAUCUAACGGACAAGGUUAUUCCACAUUAUAUGCUUAUCAUGGCAGUCGUUUAGAGAAUUUUCAUUCCAUUUUACAUUAUGGUUUACAACAGAACAUGUGUAAGAAGUCAUUAUAUGGAAAAGGAAUAUAUCUUUCAAGUGAAUUAGGAGUAAGUUUACCAUAUAGUCCUGUUGGCUAUGGAUGGGGUGGUAGUGUUCUAGGUAGUGAAUUGAGUUGUGUAGCUCUUUGUGAACUUAUUAAUCACCCUGCCAUAAAAAAACAUAAUCCAAAAGCUAGAAUACAAAAUACAUCAUCCGAAUCAGUUCCGAAUAAAUAUUAUUUAGUUACCAACAGUGAUUUGGUAAGAAUUCGUUAUCUUCUUGUUUAUAGUCAAGAAAUUCAACCAACGAGGAAUGAUGAAAGCUCGGGAUUAUUAGAGUGGUUUAGACAGCAUAAAUUAUUAACUUUUAUGCUUGGAUAUGUCAUAUUAUUAGCUUCAGUUGGACUGACGCAUAAUAAGCAAGUUGAAAAAUAUUAUAGAUUGCUUGUCCAAAAAACUGGAUUUGAUUAAAGCAAGAGAAAAAAACUUUAAUAAAAUUUAAUAAUCUAAAAUAAUCUAAACUAAUGAAUACACAUUGUUACUUAUAAAGAGCUGAUGUUGUUUGGGCAUAAAAAAUAUCUUUUAAUUUACACUUUUAAAUAUAGAAAAAAUUUCUAUCGCAUAUAACGAUAAUUACUUAUACUUCAUUUUGUAUAAACAAAUAUAAAAAUAUUUGAUAUAAAAUAAUAUAUUAUGUAUAAAUAAUGUAAAAUGAAUACAUUAUUUAACUAACUUAAGAUAAUUGCAUUUAUGUGCUACUACAGUUUAUAUUUUUAUAUACUAAAUGAUUGUUAGCAUCUGGAAAGUAUUAUAGGAAAAUUUUCAGUAACUAAAUAAUCGUCUUCGAAUAUAAUGAUAAGAUUUACUUCAAAUUCUGAAAUGAAAUAAAAUGCAAUAUUAAAUAUUCAACUGAAUAAGUAUUUAAAAAAUCACUUUUUCUUCUUCCUCUAAACGUUGAUAUCGUAAACAAUUUCUUACCAACUUUGAAAUUACUUGUACUUAAAGUAGGACAAGUAAAUAAUCUUGGAAAUAUCAUGUAAAUAGGUAUAGGCAAAUUCGUACAUAUGUUUCCUUCUCCUAUUUGUAUAUUUUGUAUUUCUGUUGCUAUAAAAUAUAUUAUUUUUUGAGAA